AUGGAAUAAGCUCAAUUUUCUUUAAAAUAAGUUUGUAGACAAAGAGUGAAAAGUUUGUUUGUACAAUUAAGAAUUGAUAAUCCUAAUUUAUCAUCUUCCAUUCUUGUUGUAGAUCAAAAAACUUUAAAAAUAGUUUCUGCUUACAUGAAGAUGUCUGAGUAUAAAUUAAAAUUAAUAUAAGAUUAUUAGAAUAAGGAAUUAAUGCAGUAGAAAAUCUAAAUUUGAAAAGAAAACCUUUUAAUUUGGAAGCAAUUUAUUUUAUCACACCAACUUAAGAGUCGAUUGCUUUAUUAAUUGAGGAUUUUGCAAAUGCUCAAUUUCCAUAAUAUAAAUGUGCACAUGUGAUUUUCAAUAAUAAAAUGCCAUAAGGAAUAGCUUAAAAGAUACAAUCUGAAUAGAAUUUAGUUAAGAAAUUAUCGACUUGUAAAGUUUUUAAUUUAGACUUUAAUUGUACUAAUGAAUAAUUAUUCACAUUUGAUAUGAUAUUUGGAUUAGAAGUAUAUAAAGGAAGUAUGUAUUAAAUUAAAAUAAGGAAAUGUUAUUUUAUAAGAGAUGGCUGA